AUGCACGUUGCCAUUCCUCCUGAGAAAUGGACGCAGAGCGUGUACUCCACGCCGGACUCAUGCCUGGCAAAGGCUGAGGCUGAGAAGCUGUCGUCUAUGAGCUUCGACCCGAGCUUCUUCAGCAGUGCAUACCGGCAGUGCAUUGGCCGAGGACACUCACACAAGGAUUGCGUGAGCAGCCUGCCGGCCGUGGACACCAAGCUGACGCCCGCGGGGCCCUUGGCCACGCCGGCCAACAGCGCGGAGAUGGCCAGUGCUGUUGCGUGCAUCAGCGAGAAUGGCGGCGAUAUUGACAAGUGCACUUCGCACUUCGAUGCGCUGAGCAAGUUGGCGGGCUACAAGGAGGAGGAGAAGAAGAGCUCCAUGCAGAAGGGCUCCGAGUUUGCCUCGAAGGCUGGCUGGAAGAUGCUUGCACUGCCCGUGGCCUACGUGGGCCUGAAGUUCAUCAAGAUCAAGUGA